GUUCAGCCGCUGCUCCCACGCUGGCUUGAGAACCACCCCUAGGCUAGGAUGACUUUAUUCCCACAUGCUGAUGGAGAUUUCUUCUCUCGCUUGGUUGUUCCUCCUGGAUAUCUAUUCUCUUACCAGUAUAAUUUCACAGAGAGAGGAGGAUGUUUGUGUGGAAUGAAAAGGGAGGAUUAGAAGUGAGACGAGCGUUCACGGGGUAACUUUUUGCACUUGAUUUUGUGAUGCUUGAUUCACCUUUAAAGUGAUGUGGACAGAAGAUCUCAAAUUUGCGUCUUUUGCCAGUUGAACCCAGCAUUGUCUUUAAUGUUCACUUGAAUCAGAACUUGCAUAAGAAAGAGAAUGGGAGUCUGGUUACACGAAGAUGACUGUAUCAGAAACUUCAAAAGGAUCAGCCUCUGUCUUCUGAUAGUGUACAUGGCUGUUUUCGUGGGCACAGAUCAGGAUUUUUAUGGUUUACUUGGAGUGUCCAAAACCGCAAGCAGUAGAGAAAUAAGACAAGCUUUUAAGAAAUUAGCAUUGAAGUUACAUCCUGAUAAAAACCCGAAUAACCCAAAUGCACAUGGUGAUUUUUUAAAAAUAAACAGAGCAUAUGAAGUGCUCAAAGAUGAAGAUCUACGGAAAAAGUAUGACAAGUAUGGAGAGAAGGGGCUUGAGGAUAACCAGGGAGGCCAGUAUGAAAGCUGGAACUACUACCGCUAUGACUUUGGUAUCUACGAUGAUGAUCCUGAAAUCAUAACAUUGGAAAGAGGAGAAUUUGAUGCUGCUGUUAAUUCUGGAGAGCUGUGGUUUGUAAACUUUUACUCCCCAGGAUGUUCACAUUGCCAUGAUUUAGCUCCCACUUGGAGAGAAUUUGCUAAGGAAGUGGAUGGAUUACUCCGAAUUGGAGCCGUUAACUGUGGUGACGACAGGAUGCUUUGCCGGAUGAAAGGAGUGAACAGUUACCCCAGCCUCUUCAUUUUCCGGUCUGGAAUGGCUGCAGUGAAAUACCAUGGAGACAGGUCCAAGGAAAGUUUAGUGAAUUUUGCCAUGCAGCAUGUUAGGAGCACAGUGACAGAACUGUCAACAGGAAAUUUUGUGAACUCCAUAGAAACUGCUUUUGCUGCUGGUAUUGGCUGGCUGAUCUCAUUUUGUUCCAAAGAAGAUUGUUUGACCUCCCAGACACGACUCAGGCUGAGUGGCAUGUUGGAUGGUCUUGUUAAUGUUGGAUGGAUGGACUGUGCUACCCAGGACAACCUGUGCAAUAGUUUGGACAUUACAGCAAGUACAACUGCUUAUUUUCCUCCUGGAGCCACUUUAAGUAACAAAGACAAAAACAGCAUUUUGUUUAUUAAUUCAUUGGAUGCUAAAGAAAUAUAUAUGGAAAUCAUACAUAAUCUUCCAGACUUUGAACUACUUUCAGCAAACUCACUAGAGGACCGUUUGGCACAUCAUCGUUGGCUCUUAUUUUUUUACUUUGGAAAGAAUCAAAAUUCACAUGACCCUGAGUUGAAAAAACUGAAAACUCUGCUUAAAAAUGAACAUAUUCAAGUGGGGAGGUUUGACUGCUCCUCUGCACCAGAUGUAUGUAGUCAUCUCUAUGUUUUUCAGCCAUGUCUAGCAGUAUUUAAAGGACAAGGAACCAAAGAAUAUGAAAUCCAUCAUGGAAAGAAGAUCCUCUAUGAUAUACUUGCAUUUGCCAAGGAAAGUGUUAAUUCUCAUGUCACGACGCUUGGACCUCAAAAUUUUCCUGCCAGUGACAAAGAGCCAUGGCUUGUGGACUUUUUCGCCCCUUGGUGUCCACCAUGCCGAGCUUUGCUGCCAGAGUUACGUAAAGCAUCAACACUUCUUUAUGGUCAGCUUAAAUUUGGUACACUAGAUUGCACAGUUCAUGAAGGACUCUGUAACAUGUACAACAUUCAGGCUUAUCCAACAACAGUGGUGUUCAACCAGUCCAGUGUUCAUGAGUAUGAGGGGCAUCACUCUGCUGAACAGAUCUUAGAGUUCAUAGAGGAUCUCAGAAACCCUUCAGUGGUCUCUCUCACACCCACCACUUUCAUCGAACUAGUUAAACAAAGAAAGCAAGAUGAAGUCUGGAUGGUUGAUUUCUAUUCUCCAUGGUGUCACCCAUGUCAAAUCUUAAUGCCAGAAUGGAAAAGAAUGGCCCGGACAUUAACUGGACUGAUCAAUGUGGGCAGUGUGGACUGCCAACAGUAUCACUCUUUUUGUUCCCAAGAAAAUGUUCAAAGAUACCCUGAGAUAAGAUUUUAUCCCCAAAAGUCAAAUAAAGCUAAUCACUAUCAUAGUUACAAUGGCUGGAAUAGGGAUGCAUAUUCCCUGAGAAUCUGGGGCCUAGGAUUUUUACCUCAGGUGUCCAUAGAUUUAACACCUCAGACUUUCAGUGACAAAGUCUUACAAGGGAAAAGUCAUUGGGUGAUAGAUUUCUAUGCUCCUUGGUGUGGACCUUGCCAAAAUUUUGCUCCAGAGUUUGAACUCUUGGCCAGGAUGAUGAAAGGAAAAGUGAGAGCUGGGAAAGUAGACUGUCAGGCUUAUGCCCAAACAUGCCAGAAAGCAGGAAUCAAAGCCUACCCAACGGUUAAAUUUUAUCACUAUGAGAGAACAAAGAAAAGUAUUUGGGAAGAGCACAUAAAUUCCAGAGAUGCAAAAACAAUUGCUGCCUUAAUCGAUGGGAAAUUGGAAAGUCUCCAGAGCCAAGGAAAGAGAAGUAAGGAUGAACUUUGAUGGUAAAGACCAACUUGGAAAGAAAAGAAUGUGAAACAGCAGAAGAUACCUUUCUAGAAUGUCAAGUGUGCUUGCGGUGGAAAGAAGGGAACAGUAUCUUGGACUUGUCACUGCACUGCCCAGACUCUGUACACUGUGUGGAAUAAAUGAAGGGCUGCAAACUGUAA